UCCUAGCAGGGGUUACGCUUCACUGUGUCCAGUGCUAGAAAUAGAAUCAUGCUUGCUGCCACUCCCUACUUGGCACUUGCAUCAAGUUCACGACUAACGUAACCGCAACGUUCUCUCUCUCUCUCUCCUCAAUCCCCUCCCGCCAAAAUUUCUCUCCUCCUUUCAGUUCCCAAACCCUAAUACUUCCCUCAAUUUAGGGUUUCUUAUAUUCUGAACACGAAACCAAAGCUAAGCAAAAUCAUGCCGUCGCUACUAUCUCCGGGUAAAAUCCAUCGGUUGGAGAUGGAGAAUUUCAAGUCGUACAAGGGGUUCCAAGUGAUUGGUCCCUUCUACGACUUCACGGCGAUCAUUGGCCCCAACGGUGCCGGCAAGUCGAACCUCAUGGACGCCAUAAGCUUCGUGCUCGGCGUCAGGACCGGCCAGCUUCGCGGCGCGCAACUGAAGGACUUGAUCUACGCCUUUGAUGACAGGGAGAAGGAGCAGAAGGGGCGCAGGGCCUUCGUUCGUUUGGUUUACCAACUCGCCAGCGGUUCCGAGAUCCAAUUCACCAGGACCAUCACCAGCGCCGGCGCCAGCGAGUACCGUAUCGACGGUAACCUUGUCACCUGGGAUGUCUACAAUGCCAAGCUUAAGUCCCUUGGGAUUCUUGUCAAGGCUCGCAAUUUCUUAGUGUUUCAGGGUGAUGUGGAAUCCAUUGCGUCCAAAAAUCCAAAAGAGCUCACUGCGCUUCUUGAGCAGAUAUCUGGCUCCGAUGAGCUCAAGAGGGACUAUGAGCAAUUUGAAGAAGAAAAAGCUGAGGCUGAAGAAAAAUCAGCGUUUGUUUAUCAGAAGAAGAAGGCAGUAGUUAUGGAGAGAAAGCAGAAGAAAGAACAAAAGGAAGAAGCAGAGAAACAUCUCCGCCUGCAGGAUCAGCUGAAAUCUUUGAAGAAAGAACAUUUCUUGUGGCAGUUGUUCAAUAUAGAAAAUGAUUUUGUUAAAACAACUGAGGACCUUGAAGAUGAGAAAAAAAGUCGUGAAGGUGUUAUUGAAGAACUAGAAAAUUUUGAACAUGAAGCUAGUAAAAAGAAAAAAGAGCAGGCCAGAUAUCUGAAAGAGAUUACACAACGUGAAAAGAGAAUUGCUGAGAAAAGCAACAAACUUGAUAAGAGUCAACCUGAGCUUCUGAAGUUAAAGGAGGAAAUGACUCGUAUCAAUUCGAAAAUUAAAAAAGGGAAGAAGGAGCUUGAUAAAAAAAGAGAAGAGCGGAGGAGACAUGCUGCUGAUAUAGCGGAGCUACAGAGGGGCAUUCAGGACCUCACAGCAAAAGUGGUAGACAUACAGGAAAAGGGUCGAGUUGUUGGCAAUCAACUUAAGUUAGAUGGCAAUGACUUGGAAGAAUAUUUUCGAAUUAAGGAGGAAGCUGGGACGAAAACUGCAAAGCUUAGAGGGGAAAAAGAGCUUCUGGAUAGGCAGCAGCAUGCUGAUAGUGAAGCUCAAAAGAAUUUGGAAGAAAAUCUUCAACAGUUAAGAAACAGAGAGUCUGAACUGAAUUCACAGGAAGAACAGAUGCGGGCAAGGCUGAAAAAAAUUAUUGAUAAUUCUGCGAAAAAUAAGGAUGGCCUUGCAAACUUGAAAAAAGAACUGCGUGUGAUGCAGGACAAACAUCGUGAUUCCAAGAAAAAAUAUGAAAAUUUGAAGUUAAAAAUUGGCGAAAUAGAAAAUCAACUACGUGAAUUGAAGGCUGAUAGAUAUGACAACGAGAGAGAUGCUAGGCUGUCUCAGGCUGUGGAGACUCUGAAACGCCUGUUUCAAGGAGUUCAUGGUCGCAUGACUGAUCUUUGUAGGCCAACCCAGAAAAAGUUUAACCUAGCUGUCACUGUUGCCAUGGGUAGAUUUAUGGAUGCAGUCGUAGUUGAAGAUGAAAAGACUGGAAAGGAAUGCAUCAAGUAUUUGAAAGAUCAGAGGCUUCCUCCCCAGACGUUUAUUCCUCUGCAGUCAGUUCGCGUGAAGCCAAUAAUAGAAAGAUUGCGCACAUUAGGGGGUACAGCAAAACUGAUUUUUGAUGUGAUUCAGUUUGAUCCCUCCUUGGAGAAGGCAAUUCUCUUUGCUGUGGGGAAUACUCUUGUCUGUGAUGAUCUUGAGGAGGCAAAAGUUUUGAGCUGGAGUGGUGAGAGGUUUAAAGUUGUUACUGUGGAUGGAAUUCUGCUGACAAAAUCCGGUACAAUGACUGGUGGCACUAGUGGGGGAAUGGAAGCAAGGUCAAAACAGUGGGAUGACAAGAAAAUUGAAGGACUUAAUAAAAAGAAAGAGCAGUAUGAAUCGGAGUUGGAAGAGCUAGGAUCAAUAAGAGAUAUGCACCUUAAAGAGUCUGAAGCAUCUGGAAAAAUUAGUGGGCUUGAGAAGAAAAUUCAAUAUGCUGAGAUUGAGAAGCGAAGCAUUGAAGACAAACUUUCAAAUUUGAACCAAGAAAAAGAGACCAUCAGAGAAGAAAUUGAACGUAUCAGUCCAGAACUCCAAAAGUUAAAUGAUGCUGUUGACAAGAGGAAUGGAGAAAUACUUAGGCUGGAGAAUAGGAUAAAUGUAAUCACUGAUCGGAUAUACAAAGACUUUAGUCAGUCAGUCGGAGUUUCAAACAUACGUGAGUAUGAAGAAAACCAACUAAAGGUUGCUCAAAAUGUGGCAGAGGAGAGGUUGAACCUGAGUAGCCAACUUUCAAAAUUAAAAUAUCAGUUGGAAUAUGAGCAAAAUCGGGACGUGAGUUCACGAAUUCAAGAACUGGAAUCUUCUCUAAGUUCUUUAGAGAAUGAUUUGAAACGGGUACAGAAUAAAGAGGCUGAAGCAAAGAAAGCAGCCGAGAAAGCUACUGAAGAGAUUAAUCAGUUUAAGGAAGAAGCUAAAGAGUGGAAAUCAAAGUCAGAAGAUUGUGAAAAGGAAAUCCAAGAAUGGAAGAAGAGGGCUUCUGCAGCCACAACAAACAUAUCCAAACUUAAUCGUCUGAUAAACUCCAAGGAGGCACAGAUUGAACAGUUGAUCCUGCAAAAGCAGGAAAUAUUAGAGAAGUGUGAACUAGAACAAAUUAUCCUUCCAACCGUAUCAGAUCCUAUGGAUACUGGUAGCUCAACACCAGGUCUAGUUUUUGACUUUGAUCAGCUAAGUAGGGCACUGAAAGAUAGGAGACACUCUGACAGGGAUAAAAUUGAGGUAGAAUUUAAGCAAAAAAUGGAUGCAUUGAUAUCUGAGAUGGAAAGAACAGCACCAAAUUUGAAGGCAUUGGACCAAUAUGAGGCUCUGCUAGAAAAAGAAAGAGCUGUAACUGAAGAGUUUGAAGCUGUCAGGAAAGAGGAGAAGGAAAAAGCGGAAAGAUUCAAUGCAGUUAAGCAGAGGAGGUAUGAGUUGUUCAUGGAUGCUUUCAACCAUAUAUCUGGUAAUAUAGAUAAAAUUUACAAACAACUUACAAAGAGCAACACACAUCCUCUGGGUGGAACAGCAUACUUAAACUUGGAAAAUGAAGAUGAUCCAUUUCUACAUGGCAUCAAGUACACUGCUAUGCCUCCAACAAAGCGCUUCCGUGAUAUGGAGCUGUUAUCUGGUGGAGAAAAGACUGUUGCUGCACUUGCGUUGCUAUUCUCCAUCCACAGCUAUAAGCCUUCACCGUUUUUCAUUUUGGAUGAAGUUGAUGCUGCAUUGGACAACUUGAAUGUUGCUAAGGUUGCUGGCUUUAUUCGUACAAAAUCUUGUGAAGGAACGAGAGCUAGUCAGGAUGCUGAUGGUGGAAGUGGUUUUCAGAGUAUCGUGAUUUCAUUGAAAGACAGCUUUUAUGACAAAGCUGAAGCGUUAGUUGGGGUUUACAGGGACUCCGAAAGAGGCUGUUCGAGAACUCUCACAUUUGAUCUGACUAAAUACCGGGAGGCCUAAAAUUUAUUCAUAGGAGGGUACAGUUGAUAAGCUGCCUGCUAUGUACAUAGAUAGGUUGCAUUUUUAUUUCUUGUUUAAAGAUGGCCGAACUUGUAUCUGUAUCUCAUUAUCAUCCCUUUUGUCGAUUUCGUUUGUUUAAGUUACCGGUUGGGUUCUUUUUUAAAAUUAUUGUAAAUAGGACUUCGACGCAGGAGACUCCCUUUGUCACUGCAAAUGCCAUGUAGAUGCAGUAGCUCGAUGUCUAAAUAUUCGUUUUUUAAUUGUAUUUU